AAUCCUUCAGUCAUCGAAGUUAAAUAGAAGAAUAAGGAGGCCGUCGCUUGCAAGGAUUCCCGCAUCUCUUCAGGACUAAAUAUGAAGCUCUUAAUAAUCUGCUCCGUCUUUUUGUGCCUCGUGGUGCUUCAAGCCGAAGGUCAUGGCAAUGCGAACAAGGUUCAUCACCACGCACGAAGUUUCGGCAGCUAUGAAAGGGAACAUUCUCCUGUGACGCCCUUAAUUCCCAGGGAAAAGAAGAACCCUAAUCGCAACGAUUUGCAAUCCUACGUUCUUAGCAAGUUCCAAGAGAUUACGAACCUGAUUAACCAGUUCCUGAUUCGCAUUCACGACUGCGCUGAGAAAAUCGGUUUCCAUAACCUCGCGAAGCUGGUGGACGACAUCUCAGCUGCUCUUCAAGAAUUCAUAGAAAACGUGGCAGCCGAAUCUGGAGGUGCAGUAAAAACAGCUCGCAGUCACUUCUAACCAUUUAUAAGUACUGGAAUCCAGGAACGAGUUCUAAACCAAGCCAUGCCGUGUUUAUAUUUUCCGCACGCGUUAGUCGUGCCUCACUGUAUUUGACUGUCUAAUAAAAGCUUUGAUAAAACUGA